CUACAACAACCUAACUUGGUUUAUUGGAUAUUGAACAGUUGACAUAAAAACCACUUGAAAGUUCGGCUAUUAGUGGUCUCGUGUUUUUUUCUCACCAUCCAUUUUUCGCCUCUUUUCUUGUACAAGAGGGAGUUUUAACAAUCUGGUUAUUUAUCUACACGAAGCCUCUGAUAUAGUUCAAAUGGCAAACUUACAAUUCUGUUAUAACAAGGGAUGUGCUCAGAAGUUCGAUCCUGAAGAGAAUUCGGAAGAUUCCUGUCAUUACCAUCCUGGAGAGCCAAUCUUUCAUGAUGCCAAAAAAAAGUGGUCCUGUUGUAAUAAGUACAGCACAGACUUUUCUGAGUUUCUAAGCAUAAAGGGAUGCGCUGUAGGGAAGCAUAACAGUGUCCCUCCAGAUAACACUGUCAAAGAAAAAAAAUCUGAUAUUCCAACUAAACCUAUUCCUACACCUACUCCUGUAAUAUCAAAACCCGUUGUAUCCCAAAGACCAUCAAGUACCGAGCCCACACGUGAUCUUCCAAUCGAAGUUGCAUCAAAUCUUAAGUCAGCUCUGGAAGAAUUAUCACUAGAUCCAUCCUUCAAACCACUACAGAAUUCUACAAUAGAAAAUAAUAAUAAAGGUAGUCCUUCAAUUGGUACAAAUUGCAAGAACACUGCAUGCAAACAGGUUUAUACAGGAACAGAUUCAGAUAGUGGACUCUGUCUAUACCAUCCCGGUGUGGCUGUAUUUCACGAAGGACUGAAGUAUUGGACUUGUUGUAAUCAGAAAACUAGUGAUUUCGAAGCAUUCCUUAAACAAAUCGGGUGUACUACAGGUCAUCAUAAUUGGACAGUGGAAGAUGCAAAAUCUACAAAUGCAACAUUAACUCUUCAACCAAAUACAAAUUGUCGUUUUGAUUGGUAUCAAUUUGGUGGUUGUGUUACAUUAGAUAUUUAUGCUAAAAAUAUAUGGCCUGAAACUGUUUCUAUUAAAGUUAAUCAAAUAGUGUUACAUGUUUCAUUGAAAUUUGGUUUAGAUUAUCAAACAUUUGAAAGAGAUUUCAAUUUAUACGGUUCUAUAGAUCCAAAACAAUCUAUUGUUAAAUUAAUGCCAUUAAAAGCUGAAAUAAUUUUGAAAAAAGCUGAACCAAUAUCAUGGCCUACACUUGAAUGUAAACCAUUAGAUAAUAAUAAAGCAAAUAAUUCAAAUAUGAAUAACAAUGAAGAAACAAUAGAGAACAAUUCAAAAUAAAAAAUGGGAUGUAUUUCUAUGCUUUAUUAUGUAACCAAAGAAAAUAUGGUUAUUGCAACGAUUAUGUAAUAAAACGAGAAUGUAAUCUAUGUAACUGAUAAAAGUAAUUCAUCAAUCUCUCAUAUAUGAUAUUUGAUGUUCACUACAGGAUUCGAACUCAGUAAUGUUUGCUUCCAUAUUUGCUUAUGAAGCUUGUGAAUUAAAACAAUAUCGAUGCAGUACACACAGUAUACACAUAUGUCAACAACACACUGAUCCAUUGCCGUCUUAAACUUCAGUGGGAAGAUUCAAAUAAAACAAUAUCAAGUGCUUAGCGUUUUUUUAGCGAGUUAGUUUUCUACGAGAUGGAGUCGCUAACCCCAUGCCCAAUACUCCUCCUUUAUCCGAGCUUGGGACCGGCAGUAGCCCUCGGAGGGACUCCAGACGGAGUUGAUAUCAAGUUCAUUCACUUAUAUUCUCAACAUUCAAACAAAAGGAUCGUGUUCAAUACUUUCACAAAAUCUCUCAGUUGAUUUAACAAUUUGUUUCAAUUUUCUGCUCAUAGGCAUUUCACUUCCAAUUGACGCUGCAGUGAAGGAGAACACAGACUUCGUGGUGGUAGUGGUGGUGGUGGUGAUGGUGUUAGCAGGAAGAAAACGAAAAUUUUAGGGUGGUAGACAGGUUGCGGAGUGUGUAUGUGUAUGUGUGAGUGUGUGGGUGGGUGGGUAGAUAGGUAGGGUGGUUGAGUAUCUGGGUGGCUGGAUGCAAGAAUAAACAUUAUAUGAUUUGUAUUAAACAAAAACUUUAAUAUAUAGAACCACAUUAAUAAUUAUCAGUAAUAUUACUGAUUAUAAGAAUUACCUGUAAAUAGAAAUAGAUAUUCGAUCAUUAUUUUAAAGACCACCCAAUUUCUACUGUUAUUAUUCAGUAUUUAUUUUGUUAAAGAAUAAAAAUGUAUAAAAAUUUCAAAAAUUAUAACAAUCAUAACAUCCUUGGAAGCCUGCUCAGUGGUCUAGUUGGUUAAGCGCCUGGCGCGAGACUGAUAGGUCCUGGGUUCGAAUCUCGCACUUGGGCGGGAUUGUGGAUGCGCACUGCUGAGGAGUUCCAUAGUAAGACUAAACGACCGUCCAGUGCUACCAGGUUUUCCAUGGUGGUCUAGUUUCAAUUGACUCAUGAUUU